GGCUUCACUGUCUUUCCAGGGAGCUCAGGGGCGGGGGACAAAGAUGCUUCGCCUGGGCUCUGCCAAGCCUGGGUCCUGGGCCAGCUUCUGGGCCAUCCUGACCUUGGUGGGUCUGGCCACUCGAGCAGCUCAGAGAGCCGACGUGGGCAGCGAGUCCACGGGCACCUCCAUCAACCACUCCCAGACGCUCCUCCAGCGCCUGCAGGAGCUCCUACGGCAGGGCAACGCCAGCGACGUGGUCCUGCGGGUGCAGGCGGCGGGCACCGAUGAGUUCCGGGUCUUCCACACGCACCGCCUGCUGCUGGGCCUGCACAGCGAGCUGUUCCGGGAGCUGCUGAGCAACCAGAGCGAGCUGGUGCUCCAGGAGCCCCGGGACUGUGCCGCCGUCUUCGACAAGUUCAUCAGGUACCUCUACUGCGGGGAGCUGACGGUGCUGCUGGCCCAGGCCAUUCCCCUGCACAGGCUGGCCACCAAGUACGGCGUGGCCUCCCUGCAGCGCGGCGUGGCCGACUACAUGCGCGCGCACCUGGCCGGCGGCGCGGGCCCAGCGGUGGGCUGGUACCACUACGCGGUGAGCACCGGGGAUGAGGCCCUGCGCCAGAGCUGCCUGCAGUUCCUGGCCUGGAACCUGUCAGCGGUGGCGGCGAGCGCCGAGUGGGGCGCCGUGAGCCCCGAGCUCCUGGCGCAGCUCCUGCCGCGCUCAGACCUGGUGCUGCAGGACGAGCUGGAGCUGUUCCACGCGCUCGAGGCGUGGCUGGGCCGCACCCGGCCGUCCCCCGCCGUGGCCGAGCGCGCGCUGCGGGCCAUCCGCUACCCCAUGAUCCCCCCGGCGCAGCUGUUCCAGCUGCAGGCGCGCUCGGCCGCCCUGGCGCGCCACGGCGAGGCGGUGGCCGACCUGCUGCUGCAGGCCUACCAGUUCCACGCCGCUUCGCCGCUGCACUUCGCCAAGUUCUUCGACGUCAACGGCAGUGCCUUCCUUCCCCGCAACUACCUCGCGCCCGCCUGGGGCGCCCCGUGGGUCAUCAACAACCCGGCCCGCGACGACCGCAGCACCAGCUUCCAGACGCAGCUGGGCCCCAGCGGCCACGACGCGGGCCGCCGGGUCACGUGGAACGUGCUCUUCUCCCCGCGCUGGCUGCCCGUCAGCCUGCGGCCCGUCUACGCGGACACGGCGGGCACCGCGCUGCCCGCCGCUCGCCCCGAGGAUGGACGGCCGCGCCUGGUGGUCACGCCGGCCAGCAGCGGUGGCGACGCGGCGGGCGUGAGCUUCCAGAAGACGGUGCUGGUAGGGGCGCGGCAGCACGGCCGCCUGCUGGUCCGCCACGCCUACAGCUUCCACCAGAGCAGCGAGGAGGCGGGCGACUUCCUGGCGCAGGCGGACCUGCAGCGGCGCAACUCGGAGUACCUGGUGGAGAACGCCCUGCACCUGCACCUCAUCGUCAAGCCGGUCUACCACACCCUCAUCCGGACUCCCAAGUAGCCAAGCGCGGGGCAGGGACCCUGCUGGAGUGGGAAACAGAGACCUGGCAUUGGUGCCUCCGCCCCGGGGUCUGGGGUGUGUGUGUGUGUGAUGAAUGGAGGUGCGACCCUGGCCCCCCCGGAUGGCCAGGUGCUGGUGGUCUUGGAGCUGGGGUGGAGGCCAGGGGAGGGGUGGUUGAGCAGGUGCCUGGUUUCAGGAGCUGGUUUCGAAGCUGUCUUGAAGGCAGUGCUCUUGGAAUAAAGCGAUGCUCAGAGCCGAGGGGAUGAUUGAACCACCCAGCUCCCAGGUUAAAACAGCCCCAGGAGGGUCCCACAGGUGUGGGGGUCCCUUAUCUUUCAUUAGCUUUUCCUGAGGGUCCCCCACCCCCCACAUGGAACACGGCAGGUAAGAGCAACCUAAUGGGCCAGCCUGGGAAAACUGGAGGACCCCAGGACCCCUUGCUGGAGUUUUCCUACCUUGAAGCCAAGAGGCUUACUUAGCUGGGCAAUUUCUGAGCCCUGACUUCCAGAGGGGACCACCGUCCCACGCCCAUUCGGGUAAUUAGGCUUUCUAUGGUUUGAGCCUUCCAAGGUCUCUGAGCUCUCAUGGGAGGGGGCCGAGGCAGGUGUGAAGGCUGGUGGGACAAGGCAUGAAUGGACCUUGUCGGGCCCACCUUUCCUGGGCACAGUGUAGAGAAGAUCCCCUUUCCCCCAGGUGUUCAGGUAUCUGUGUAACCAGCCAGAGGGAGAUGGGGUGUCGGGGAGGGAGGAGGAUGGCAUUGGGUUGCCUCUUAAUCAGUCAUGGCCACUCCACAUUCCAUACAAGGUCUCAUUUCCAACAGAACCAUCAAGACCCACAUGGGAU